UGGAUAGAGAGGCAUAUGCAGGGUUUGCGUUUAAUAACCGAUACUGAGAUAGAUUAAUAGAUAGCCUUGGUAAGUUUUAACACGCGCGCCCCGUUCCUUCCGAUGGCUGCUGCUGCUGCAUUCAAUGUUAUAUCACCGCCUCUAAUCUCACGGUCAAAUGUAGCAGAUACUAGAACCCUAACACUCACAGCACUGAAUCCUAACCCUAGAAAUAUCCCCAUUCACCGACCUCUGGGAUUGAAAUUACGUACCACUAGCAUUCUUCCUGCGGCUGCUGCUGCUGCUGCUGCCAGAGUCAAAGUGAGGGCGGCUGCUGGUAAUUCAGAGUCAGAAGAAGUAAUUGUACAAUCAAAAGUGACUCACAAAGUAUUCUUUGACAUCAGUAUUGGAAAUCCAGUUGGAAAACUCGUCGGUAAGAUUGUCAUCGGACUCUUCGGUGACGAUGUCCCCCAAACUACCGAGAACUUCCGCGCCCUUUGCACCGGCGAGAAGGGCUUUGGCUACAAGAAUUCCACCUUUCAUCGCGUCAUCAAAGAAUUCAUGAUUCAAGGAGGUGAUUUCGACAAAGGAAAUGGAACUGGUGGCAAGAGUAUAUAUGGUCGCACUUUCAAAGAUGAGAAUUUUAAACUCUCUCAUACUGGACCCGGAACGGUUAGUAUGGCAAAUGCAGGUCCCAACACCAAUGGGAGUCAGUUUUUCAUAUGCACUGUCAAGACGCAAUGGCUUGAUCAGAAACAUGUUGUAUUUGGCCAAGUUUUGGAAGGCAUGGACAUUGUUAGGUUGAUUGAAUCGCAAGAGACAGAUCGUGGUGAUCGUCCAAGGAAGAAGGUGGUUAUCAGUGACUGUGGUGAGCUUCCAAUUGCUUGAUAUGUUUUGUUUUUGGCUGCUGACCAAGAAACGGACCUCUUGUUCUCUGGAAUUUUUUGUUUGACUAUUAUUAUAAUUCUAAAUGAGUUCAGUUAGUGCCUUUCUUAUUUUGAUACUAGGACCUACAAACUCUUAUCAGCUAUUUGUAUUCUAGUAGAAAUAUAGUUGGAAUUGAUAUCAUAUUGGUCGGCGGAUUUUGGAUGUUAUCUGAUUCUGAAUAGAGUAUCCUUAAAAUAAGCCAAAGUGCAUAUUCAGUUGGAAUCAAAUAA